AUGGUUUUGUCCCUAAACAGAUGGGUGGGAAAGGUAGCUGUGGUGACUGGGGCGAGUUCUGGUAUUGGAGCAGCUAUUGCCGAGCGUUUGGUUAGGAGUGGUUUAUUAGUGGCUGGUUUGGCUAGGAGGGUUGAACGCGUGCAAGAUUUGGAAAAGAAGCUGGAAAAUGAAAAAGGAAGAUUGUUCCCGUUUAAGUGCGACAUGCGAGAGGAGGAAGAGGUUGUGGCGACAUUUAAAACUAUUAACGAAACAGUAGGCAUAAUACAGAUUCUGAUUAACAAUGCGGGACUUCUUCAGCCGACUGAAUUGAUAGAUGGGGAUUAUCAGAAGUGGAAAACUACUGUUGACACAAAUAUUUUGGGAUUAUGCGUCGCAACUAGAGAAGCGAUUAAAUACAUGAAAGAACAUGAAAUAGAAGGACAUAUUAUCCACAUUAACAGUAUCCUUGGCCACCGCGUAAUUGAUAUGCCUGGAAUAAACGUUUACGGAGCAUCUAAAUUCGCUGUCACAGCUUUGGCUGAGCAACUGAGGCUGGACAUUUUGAGAAACAAGCUUCCUAUAAGAAUCACGAGCAUAAGUCCAGGAUAUGUACACACUGAAUUCGCCCAAGUGGGAUGGGGGACUAAUCUUGAAAUGCCUGGUCUACAGUCCAGUGACAUUUCUGAUGCUAUCGUGUAUGCGAUUGCCACACCCCAACACGUAAACGUAAAGGAACUAGAAUUGGAGGUGGUCGGCAGCACAAUAUAA